AUGACCCCAGAGCCCUGCCCCCUGGUGGUGGUGACCCCAGAGCCCUGCCCCCUGGUGGUGGUGACCCCAGAGCCCUGCCCCCUGGUGGUGACCCCAGAGCCCUGCCCCCUGCUGGUGGUGACCCCAGAGCCCUGCCCCCUGGUGGUGACCCCAGAGCCCUGCCCCCUGCUGGUGGUGACCCCAGAGCCCUGCCCCCCUGCUGCUGGUGACCCCAGAAGCCCUGCCCCCCUGCUGGUGGUGGUGACCCCAGAGCCCUGCCCCCUGCUGGUGGUGACCCCAGAGCCCUGCCCCCUGCUGGUGGUGACCCCAGAGCCCUGCCCCCUGCUGGUGGUGACCCCAGAGCCCUGCCCCCUGGUGGUGACCCCAGAGCCCUGCCCCCUGGUGGUGACCCCAGAGCCCUGCCCCCUGGUGGUGGUGACCCCAGAGCCCUGCCCCCUGGUGGUGACCCUAGAGCCCUGCCCCCUGGUGGUGGUGACCCCAGAGCCCUGCCCCCUGGUGGUGACCCUAGAGCCCUGCCCCCUGCUGGUGGUGACCCCAGAGCCCUGCCCCCCUGCUGCUGGUGACCCCAGAGUCCUGCCCCCUGCUGCUGGUGACCCCAGAGUCCUGCCCCCUGCUGGUGGUGACCCCAGAGCCCUGCCCCCUGCUGCUGGUGACCCCAGAGUCCUGCCCCCUGCUGGUGGUGACCCCAGAGUCCUGCCCCCUGCUGAGCCCUGCCCCCUGCUGGUGACCCCAGAGUCCUGCCCCCUGCUGGUGGUGACCCCAGAGCCCUGCCCCCUGCUGCUGGUGACCCCAGAGUCCUGCCCCCUGCUGGUGGUGACCCCAGAGCCCUGCCCCCUGCUGCUGGUGACCCCAGAGUCCUGCCCCCUGCUGGUGGUGACCCCAGAGUCCUGCCCCCUGCUGGUGGUGACCCCAGAGCCCUGCCCUCUGGUGGUGACCCCAGAGCCCUGCCCCCUGCUGGUGACCCCAAAGUCCUGCCCCCUGCUGGUGGUGACCCCAGAGCCCUGCCCCCUGCUGGUGGUGACCCCAGAGCCCUGCCCCCUGGUGGUGACCCCAGAGCCCUGCCCCCUGGUGGUGGUGACCCCAGAGCCCUGCCCCCUGGUGGUGACCCUAGAGCCCUGCCCCCCUGCUGGUGGUGACCCCAGAGCCCUGCCCCCUGGUGGUGACCCCAGAGCCCUGCCCCCUGGUGGUGACCCCAGAGCCCUGCCCCCUGCUGGUGGUGACCCCAGAGCCCUGCCCCCUGCUGGUGGUGACCCCAGAGCCCUGCCCCCUGCUGAGUCCUGCCCCCUGCUGCUGGUGACCCCAGAGUCCUGCCCCCUGCUGGUGGUGACCCCAGAGCCCUGCCCCCUGCUGCUGGUGACCCCAGAGUCCUGCCCCCUGCUGGUGGUGACCCCAGAGUCCUGCCCCCUGCUGGUGGUGACCCCAGAGCCCUGCCCCCUGGUGGUGGUGACCCCAGAGCCCUGCCCCCUGCUGGUGGUGACCCCAGAGCCCUGCCCCCUGGUGGUGACCCCAGAGCCCUGCCCCCUGGUGGUGGUGACCCCAGAGCCCUGCCCCCUGGUGGUGACCCUAGAGCCCUGCCCCCUGCUGGUGGUGACCCCAGAGCCCUGCCCCCUGGUGGUGACCCCAGAGCCCUGCCCCCUGCUGGUGGUGACCCCAGAGCCCUGCCCCCUGCUGAGCCCUGCCCCCCUGCUGCUGGUGACCCCAGAGUCCUGCCCCCUGCUGCUGGUGACCCCAGAGUCCUGCCCCCUGCUGGUGGUGACCCCAGAGCCCUGCCCCCUGGUGGUGACCCCAGAGCCCUGCCCCCUGCUGGUGACCCCAGAGCCCUGCCCCCUGCUGCUGGUGACCCCAGAGCCCUGCCCCCUGGUGGUGACCCCAGAGCCCUGCCCCCUGCUGGUGACCCCAGAGCCCUGCCCCCUCCUGCUGGUGACCCCAGAGCCCUGCCCCCUGGUGAUGACCCCAGAGUCCUGCCCCCUGCUGGUGGUGACCCCAGAGCCCUGCCCCCUGCUGGUGGUGACCCCAGAGCCCUGCCCCCUGCUGAGCCCUGCCCCCCUGCUGCUGGUGACCCCAGAGUCCUGCCCCCUGCUGCUGGUGACCCCAGAGUCCUGCCCCCUGCUGGUGGUGACCCCAGAGCCCUGCCCCCUGGUGGUGACCCCAGAGCCCUGCCCCCUGCUGGUGACCCCAGAGCCCUGCCCCCUGCUGCUGGUGACCCCAGAGCCCUGCCCCCUGGUGGUGACCCCAGAGCCCUGCCCCCUGCUGGUGACCCCAGAGCCCUGCCCCCUCCUGCUGGUGACCCCAGAGCCCUGCCCCCUGGUGAUGACCCCAGAGUCCUGCCCCCUGCUGGUGGUGACCCCAGAGCCCUGCCCCCUGCUGGUGGUGACCCCAGAGCCCUGCCCCCUGCUGGUGGUGACCCCAGAAUCCUGCCCCCUGGUGGUGGUGACCCCAGAGCCCUGCCCCCUGCUGGUGGUGACCCCAGAGCCCUGCCCCCUGGUGGUGGUGACCCCAGAGCCCUGCCCCCUGGUGGUGGUGACCCCAGAGCCCUGCCCCCUGGUGGUGGUGACCCCAGAGCCCUGCCCCCUGGUGGUGGUGACCCCAGAGCCCUGCCCCCUGGUGGUGGUGAGCCGUAAUGCGCGGCUCAUUAUAUACGAAUAUAUUGGUGUUUUACGCCUGAGAGAAACAAGGGGUACUUCAACAUCAAAAACUGUAAACAAAUACUUCUCAGUGCCGUGA